AUGGAUUUGGUGUCCGGUUACAAGGGAAUGGUUGGGCUUGUUUUCGGCAACGAGAAUUCUGCUUCUAAUGAAGAUAGUUAUGUUGAACGGUUGCUUGAUCGGAUAAGCAAUGGUGUCAUACCAGACGACAGGAGGAAUGCAAUGGCUGAGCUUCAGUCUGUUGUUGCUGAAAGUCGGGGUGCGCAGCUAGCAUUUGGAGCAAUGGGAUUUCCUGUACUUAUGGGUGUCUUGAAGGAGGAGCGAGAUGAUGUUGAAAUGAUUCGAGGGGCCCUAGAAACUCUUGUUAGUGCUUUGACCUCUAUUGAUCAUACAAAAGGGCCAAAGAAUGAGGUCCAACCUGCUUUAAUGAAUACUGAUUUGCUUUCUCGGGAAGCAGAAAACAUCUCUCUUCUUCUCAGUUUAUUGUCAGAAGAAGAUUUCUACGUGCGAUACUAUACCCUUCAAAUUUUGACUGCGCUCCUCACAAAUUCUCAAAAUAGUUAUGCUGGAAAGCCUCUUUCUGAGUUCCUCUUCAGGUUACAGGAAGCAAUUCUGACCAUUCCACGUGGCAUAACUCGGCUCAUGGAUAUGCUUAUGGAUCGCGAGGUUAUAAGAAAUGAGGCCUUGCUGCUUCUUACUCACCUGACUCGAGAAGCUGAGGAGAUUCAAAAAAUUGUAGUCUUCGAAGGUGCUUUUGAGAAAAUUUUUAGCAUUAUUAAAGAGGAAGGAGGUUCAGAAGGCGGUGUUGUUGUGCAGGACUGCCUUGAACUAUUGAACAAUCUUCUUCGCAGCAAUGCAUCUAAUCAGGUGCUCCUGAGGGAGACGUUGGGCUUUGAUGCUAUAAUAUCAAUUUUGAAGCUACGUGGAACUGCUUACAGUUUUACCCAACAGAAGGUUAGACAGUUGACUGCCAAUGAUUUUAAUAUUUUUCUGUAUUUUGAAUGUUCUUGGAUGUUUGGGCAUGUUGUCGUGGAAGCCUUACCGGUGAUUUUUGCUGUUUCUGAAACAAAUGUCAUCCCAGUAGACAAUUAA